GCCGCAAGUGUAGUGAAUCUGCCAGAUCGAGAAUCAAUUUAUUUCAGUUGUCAAAUAAAGCUUUGUUUCAAAAACGGAGGCUACUGCACUGAUCUUACACCACCUAAAUGUGAAGAAAUUAUUCAAAAUAUAGAGGAUGACCUACGUGAUGAUCAGCUAAUCGCAACUACUUCUGGUUUACCAGUUACGUCAAGAACUGUAAAAGUAUUAACAUCAGGAAGAAAUCCAAGGACAACAUCGCCAGCAAUUUUACUGCUACAAAAUGAGAAGAAAAAUGAUAUCAUAGUACCACCAGCUCGCUCUGGUGCUGAAAAUAAUGUGGAAUCAGCAGCAUCCCCAGUUCUUAAACCACAGUACAAAGUUUUGAAAUCAACUCGAGAUAGGAGAACAGCAACUGAUGAAAAUGAUAACAUAAUCGAUGUUGAUGUGACUUCCUCAAAAGUUAAAAUUAUUGAGCAAGAAUUUGAAUAUCCGGAGCAAUCACUUCAACUUCAGACUUUUAAUAACAUUCGUUACGAUCGUGAUUCAAUAUGUGUUCCACUCUAUGGAAUUUGGAUUCUAUUAGGACUGUGUGCAAUUUCAGUUGCUAUGGCAAGUGCAGCUUCAUAUCGUGCGCGCACAACCAGUCGAAAAUUUGUACCUUUCUGUCAGUAA